AUGUAUUCGGUCACGAGCGGGGGCGCGGUGGGGGGCGCGGCGGGCGCGGGCGGCAGCGGCGGCGGGCGGGGCGGCUCUCUCCGCACCCCUCUCGCUCGCACGCCCGUCACCUUCAACGCAUCGCAAGUCGCAAAAGCGAAACUACAAGCAGCAUUAUCGGAAGAGAGCGGUUCAGCGAGCGGGGUCAGCGGGGUUAGCGGGGCGGGAUGCGGCGGGCGCGGCGCCUACUGGGCCGCCAAGCUGCCCCACCUGCCCGCGCCGUCCUAGCGGCCGCCCGACGCGCGCCGCCUCGCCAAGGUGUCGUCCCUAGAAGCGCCGCGGCGUUGCGCCGGCGCCGGUACCGCGGGCAGCGCGCGCUUAGAACUCGAGCGGCGCUCGCUUGACCUGGAGCGCGACUUGGCGCCGCAUGCGCAUUCCGACGCCUCGCUGGACGACCGCGACCACCUCGUCUGAUCACCGGGGAGGGGGUGGGAGGGGAGGGGAGGAGAGGGCUGUGACGGUGUCAGAUUAAAGGGAGAGGUGAGGGCAACCUUGAAUGGGAAAGAUGAGAUGGGACGUUACAUAUGAGAGCUAUAAUAUUGAAAUGUUACCUUGAAUGGGAAAGAUGAGACACUGGGACAUUAAAUAUGUGAGCUAAUGUAACCUUGAAUGGGAGAGAUAAGAUACUGGGACGUUACAUCUUCUUCUUCUUCUUUUCAGCCAAAUGAGGGCUGUGACGGUGUCAGAUUAAAUGGGAGAAGUGAGGGCUAUAACCUUGAAUGGGAGAGAUGAGAUACUGGGACGUUACAUAUGAGAGCUAUAACAUUGAUAUGUAACCUUGAAUGGGAGAGAUGAGAUACUACGUUAGAUGUGAGAGCUAUAACAUUGAUAUGUAACCUUGAAUGGGAGAGAUGAGAUACUGGGACUUUAAUGGGAGAUGUGAGCUAUAACAUUGAUUAUGUGAUCUUAAAUGGAGGUGAUGCCAAACUGGUACGUUGUGACUUGAAACGUGAAAAGCCCUUUAGAAGUGUACAGUCUUUAUAAGGUAUAUUGUAAAUCGAAGAGGUAUAACGAAUAUAAGAGGCCUUAAAGAUGUACUCGUAAAUAUGGAAAGGUUUUUAACCUGAACGACGCGAAAUAAACUGAAGAGUUUAUAACAACAAUGAAAAAGAUCAAAAUUAUUCAAAAUAAAUGCAAGGGCAAGAGAAGAUAAUCUAGUUUUAAAAACCAGAGGCUUUUAAAUGAAUUAACCAAAAGAGGCUAAAUCAAAAGUGUAAAGAAAACGCUGAAAAAUUGCAACCAUUGACAUCGAAAUCGUGGACGAAAACUGAUCCACAAAGAAGUAUGUAUCUAAAUUCAUGUGUUACUUUAUAUUAUCCUUCGUACCAAUGAUCAGAAUUGACUUGUCUACUAAAAAGGAAAAUCAUCAUCCCAAAGAAGAAAAAAAUUGCAAUCACUGCUCUAUUGAAGCUGUAUACAACUACGCGCAUGGAAGAAAAUAAGAACCUAAUAAAAAUAAAUAAAAAGAUAAUAAUAACUCCACUUUGUUUCGCAUCGCCACUGGCAGCAGAAGAUAAUGAAACAACGAAAUUAAAAAUCGCCGUACACAUACAUAGAUCCAUCUAGAAGUUAAAUGUGAAAGUAGAUCGUUCAUAAAUAAGCCUCUCCAAAUAUCUCAAAAAAGGUUUUCCCAAGUCAGCUCUCUCAGCCUUUUCUCAUAUUGUGACAUCGACGGGACCUGACAGUCUCUUGCCCCCAAAUGUCCCCCCCGGUGACUAUAGUGCGUGAGUGAACCGUGGUGCUGCAGACAGACUUGCGAGUGA